AGAGAUGCUGUGUUAUUGUAAAUUUCCCUGAAGAAUAAGAAUCCAUUAAUCUCAUCUAACAGUUGGAUUUCAUGUAUAAAGGCUGCUUUGAUAUGUUGUUGGGCGAUGCUACUUCAAUAGCUGGUAAAUAUUUCUACCUUCUGACCGUAGUACGCAAUGUGAUAGAUCUUUGAACUGAUACAGUUGUUGUACGCCUCCAUUAGAAAGACAUUUGUGGGCAAUUACUUGUCAUUUUUUCCCUUUAAUUGCUACAACGGAAUUUUACAGGUAACUGUCAACAUUUUGUACUGAGGCAAUAAAUGUCGGUAUUUAUUCGUUUUUUACAGUCGGGCCCUUCAAUGCCUGAUAACAUCAAUUGUGUAUUAUUAACCGAUAAAAAACUCUUCGGAAAAUUGAUCUGCAAUCUUCUGCUGUUGGCACAUUAUGAGUUCAGUUCUGUUGACGAGACGGACAGACGUUGGUAGCUCGCGACAAAUGAUGAGUUCAGGACAGGACAAAAGCGGUGGGACGAACAGACAGACUCAAACUAUACGAAUACAUAACUUAGACGGAAAUCAGUUCCGACGGAAAUCUUUUACUAUAGCUCAUCUGUAUCUUUCAUCAGCCUCGCUUUCACGUCAGCGACAACGAGCAGCCUUGAGAGAGCACAAGGAAUCGUCUGACGAGGCCGCGACGGAAAAGGACAAGAAAGAGUCUGAUGGGACAUCAGUCAACAGUGCAAUAAAACCUGUAACAAAAUCCAAAAGCAGCUGAUCAAAAUUUUCUUUGAUGCUGUUUGAUGCAAAUUCAUAUUACUCUUAGAUUAUUUUAUUUAUUAUUUGCGAGAAAACCAAAGAUUCUGCCAUUCUUUUCACUUCGGAUAUAUUGAACGUUUACCUACGUUGGAUGUUAUUUGUGAAGUUGUAACCAUGUAAGUGUUAUUGUGCAAUAUAAGUAGCUACGCGAAUACACUAAUGGAGGUGAUUUAGAGGACGAGGAUGACUGGAUAUAUAUAAAAAUCCUUUAAAACCCAAAACUGAUCCGUGAUUUAUAGACUCAUAUACUCCAUUAGAUGGAAUUACUCAACUGUAAAAUUUCAUGAAUAAUUUUGACCCGAUAGGCCACAAAUGUCGGGUGAUUUGGUGCAAAGUUUACGUAUUAUUGAUGACAGGCUAUUUGUGACAGGCUAUUUGUGACUCUUUCUAUUCAUUUGAACCUAAGUAGCAGGUGCUCUAUUUAAUUUGAAAAGAAAACUUACCUUUUUUGUGUAACAUUUAAUAAAAUAAUAUUUAAAAUGAUAGAUUCAUCAGCAUAAGUGUAAUUGCAAUAGAUUUUGAUCAAAAAGAUAUUAGAUUUGUUAAAUAAAUGUGACAAUGCAUAAGGUUUAAAUAGUGUUACUGAAAGAAAAUUUGAUCAGUGCGAUAGUUUAAACGAGACGCUUGUGACAGGUAGCUAUAUAUAUGGUCACAAUAGGUAUAAAGUUUCUUUCAUACAAAUUUUGAUUAAAAUCAAAUAAAAAAAAUCUUGUGCAGAAGCAGAGAGCUAUACUUGAAGAAACAACAACCCAAUACAGUAAUUUCUUAUGUCAACACAAAAAUAACAGUCAAUUAUAAAAAAGUAAAAAAGUAGAAAAAUUGCCUUGUCAUAUGAACAAUAUUGUUCAGUUAAAGUAUUGACGAUGUUCGGAAAUAACCGCUACAUUUUGUUACUCCGUCAUGCCUAAUUAGAAACACCUUAAGUAUAGCCCCGACUUAAUAGGAAAGUAAUUUAAUAAUCGCACACACAAUACAACAGUGUUGUCGGAGAAAGGCCGUUUGUAUUUACGAGGACUCAAACCGUUUUUUGUGUGGUUGCGAGACUUAAGACACACUGCCUUUGUGUUGGUUGCAUAUUAAGGCCCAUUCACUUUCAUGUGUGGAAACACACAGUGCUCAUCAGAUAAGAAAAAUAUUUUGUCGGUAUAAUGCUGGUACUAUUAUUGGAUGUCUAGUUUGAUGUUUUAAAGGUAUGUGUAUGGUUUUUUUGGAAACAUUUAAUGAAAACAGUGUUGAUUGUGACAAAUUUUACGGAUGUAGGUAUAUGAAAGUUGUGUUUGUCAGUUUUCAAGAAGGUGAUGUUUUUCAUGAAAAAGUUGGAUAGAAAGUGGAUAGUUUAUGGACUCAAUAAAUUAACGGGAGUAACAAUGUUAUCUUAAAGUGGUUUAAGCUGAACAAUUCAAAUUGAUUUCUGGAUUUUAAACACUCUUAAGGUGAUUAUACAUUGUGCAAUUUCUUUACGGUGAGAACUUGGAAACAGUUCUGAACAUUGGGAUUGAGGACACAUAAAAAUUACGUCGGAUCCUGCUUACCUUUUUGCUAAAAGUCAAAGUGAUUAACAUUCAACUGAGAAGGAAAAUAAGGCCAUGUGUAUCCUGUUCAACGGAAAUGUACAAACAGUGGUCGUAAAUAGCAUGUUUGCAAAUCAGUGAAUUGUGGAGAUCUGUUGGGUUAAAUAGAAACUGUUUUUAAGUAUUUAUUACAACAUUGACAUUUAAAGAAGAAAUUAAUGGAAAGGAUGAUUCCCAUUGGUUGGACCUGAAACUUCAUUCUCGCAAUUUCUUUGGUUUAAAGUUCUGAAGUGUGAAAUACUCACAAAACCUUUAAUGGAUUUAUGACAAGUGAUAUGGAAUAUUAUGUGAACCUUGAUACUGUGUUGCCUAGCAACCAAAGCUUCAAAUUGAAACAGUUCUGACAGACUGCAAAGAUUUUUUUUCAUUUUUCCCCAAUAUGGAUUUAAAUAUUCAUCUUUAUGUGAUUGAUAUUUUAUAAAACGUUCCAUGUAGGAGACAAUCAAUGAUGUUUUAGAAUGUAGUAGAAUUUGUGAAACUAACCAGGAGGGUUACAUACUUGCAUAAUAUAUUUGGAUGAUAAUCUGUGGCUAAAACAGGGAAUAUGAUUGGUCAUUAUUGGUGGGAACUGGACAGACGAUGACCGACAGUAUGAUGGUGAAUUUGUCUAAGGGUAGUCUGGACACGAUCCAGGCUCAGAAUAAACUGUUGAAGACAAGUUACUGGAAUUACUCGGAACAACUCGAGGAGUUUAUCUCACGAUAUAAAACUCGACCACCGGAUAUUAAAUUCUGGCCGUAUGGACCGUACUGGCCCAAAUUCUAUGACAGUGAGGUGUUAGAAACACCAAAACAUCUGAAUACGUCUCCAAAGUAUAAGGAGCCCCUCGCCAGAAGGCAUGCUCAUGAUCUACAGUUUCCUGUGACGUUUGAUAAUCAGUCAAGCCAGUACACGGGGAAAUGGAGAGGUGUGUUGAUAGUUUACGACUCGGAGAGAAGUAGUCGUGACCGUAUACCACAACCUGUACCAGAUGGUUGUUGUCCGAACCUCAUGUUCGAGUCGCGGUUUGAGAGUGGAAACCUACGCCAAGCCAGGAGAGUGGGUCAGUUUGAGUAUGAGCUGGUGCUGAAGACCGACCUCCACACCAAUCGUCACACACAAUGGUACUACUUCCGGGUACAAAACACCGUCCCGGGGAUCGUCUACAAAUUCCGCAUCGUCAACUUGUUGAAGAGGGACAGUCUCUACAACUAUGGCAUGCGUCCAUUGUGCUACUCGGAAAAAAGUGCUAAGACAAAGCAGAUUGGCUGGAUUCGAGCUGGUCACCAUAUAAGUUAUUCACGCAAUAUCAUGCACUUACACUGCCCACUACUCAUGCGAGGAGUCCCAUACUACGAACUUGAAUGGCAGACGAGUUUUCCUAAUGAGGAGGACACCUAUUACCUAGCGCACUGUUACCCCUACACAUUCACAGACCUCAAAGAGGAUCUUGACUCGCUACUCAACUCACCAGAGCGUCGCCAAUGGAUACGACGUGAAGUAUUGUGCGAGACUCGAGCCGGCAAUAGCUGCUUUCUUGUCACGGUCACAAACUUUGAAAAUUCAAAAGAAGAACAGGACAUGAAGCAAGUGAUUGUUGUGACGGCCCGGGUCCAUCCAGGGGAAUCGCAGGCAAGCUGGAUGAUGAAGGGCCUUCUGGACUUCAUCACAGGGCCCGACCCCGGUGCCAAACAGCUCCGCAAUGUGUUUAUUUUCAAGGUGGUGCCGAUGUUGAACCCAGACGGUGUUAUUGUAGGUAACUACAGGUGCUCUCUCGCUGCCAGGGAUUUAAAUCGCAAUUACAGACAUCCACGGAAAGAAAGUUUCCCGACUGUGUGGCAUGUGAAAAGUAUGAUGGAUAAAGUCCUCGAGAGACAUAAUAUAUUGCUAUAUUGUGACUUACACGGACACAGUCGGAAACACAACGUGUUUAUGUACGGGAACAACACCUCACAGGACGGGGACAACAAUACAACUGGUGCUGCCAAGUCUUUCCUACAGGAGCGACUUUUCCCUUGGAUAAUGUCGCAAAAGGCUCCUGAGAAGUUUUCGUUCCAGUCGUGUAAAUUCCAGAUAAAGCGCUGUAAGGAGGCGACGGGUCGGGUGGUCAUGUGGAGACAGAUGCACAUCCUCAACAGCUUCACACUGGAAGCCACAUUCAGUGGUACAAUCCUCAACAAGUCUGAACCUCGACACUUCAACGUGGCUGACUUCCUGGAGAUGGGACGUGUUCUUUGUCAAACGGUGCUCGAAUACCACUUAACUCAGGAGAACAAAGCGAAGCAGACGGACAUGGUGUUAGAAUUAACACGGUUCGUUACACAUCAGGUCCUCGAGCAGAAGGGACUCGUCAACAGUCCUGUACGACUGCCACAGCUGAAGGGGCUACACCUCAACACCAACGAUAAAUUAGUCACGCACGGCGAAAACGGAUAUAUUUCAGAUUCCGGAUUAGUUGGAGUGGAACCUAGUCAUGAUAUGUGCCACCCCCAGUUUGAUUUGGGGUCCGACUCGCUACGUGAAGCCAUAGUUUCAUAUCUAGAACAAGAAAAACCUGUGUCAGGGGACGAAGUGAAAAAAGACAAAAAACAAAAAGUGAACGGUGGUAGCAAAAAUCAUCAAGAAGUGUCGAAAAGUCAUAGUUCCGGAAAUCUCAGUCGGAAAGAGGUGGACAACAUGAUAGAAUCAGCAUCACUAAAGACGAUGGAUGGCUGCCUCAAGAUUCUUGCCCAGUUGAAUGUUCGUGAAGCAAUACCGGAUUCUGAUUCAAGUGACAGUGAUAGUGAAUCUGAAGCCGAAAUGAAGGUUGUAGACACGAAAUCGAAAAAAAAGAAACGCAAAUCUCGGAAACAACGGGAUAGAGAACAAAACGAUCGAAAAGGUGGAGGCUCCGGAGGUUCGGACAAGAAGGAGGAGCGAUCCAAGUCUUUAUCGGUGGGCAGAGAGCGUCCUAUAAUCAGAGCUUAUAAGCUCUUGGCAACUGAACAGGCAUUGCCCACUAUUACUUGUUCUGAUGCACUUCACGACAACCUGGGUCACUCUGUCAAUCAAAAAAAGCAGUUUGAACCUUUCAAAUGCUCCAAAUGUAUGUCAAGUGCUAAUCUAGAGAAAUACAUGCGAGCACAGAAGAAAGACGCCCCACAUUUUGUCAGCAAGUAUGAGGGACGUCGAAAUGGUGGAAUUCCCUGUUUCUCGGAAGAGCGGAGUUUAGAAAGAGCUGCAAAGAGGAUGGCAGAAAUGAAGAAAAGAACAGAGGACGAAAAACGAAGAGAAAUGGCCUUCUUUUCAUGUGACCCGAUGUGGGAGUAUUUGGAUAGAACUCGACCAACCACGGUUAACGUGAAUAAUCUAAUGGACCAUAACUGUACGACAACUGAUAGUGAUGAGAUGCCUGAACCAAGCUUUACACAUUACCAGCGGAGAAUUGUCUCCUUGCAACAGACACGACCUUUGACCCCACCAGCUUUGAGGCGUAAUUUUCGCAUAGCUUUGUGUGAUGGCAUGCCGACAAUUGCGGAAACUCUAGCGAGGCUGCGGCCCAGAGAGUCGUCUUUUCUACGAAGAGAGUCAACAUUUCUAGCUGACACUUUCAGAGAAAUGGCACCUGCAGUGCUGCCCUCUACAAUUCCACAACCAAGGGAGAUAAGUUCUGAGGAAGGUGGCAGUGAAAGUGAUGUAGAAGGUGUUUCUACCACCAUUCCUGUCACGGCUCGAAAUAACCCGUACCUCCACCGAGACACAACCACUCUCGGUAGUUUUCACCUGUCCGGUAUAGGCGCGGGUAGCCAUGUUUCCAAUAACAACAAGAAAACAGCCAGAUCUGGUCCUUUAUACAAGUCAUUUACUCGCCAAACCACGACACCCGCGGCCACAGCCUCCACAGGGUUUAUGGCCACGCCUCUUCCGGGGAUGUCUGAGGACGCGACCAAGCUAGUGGGAAGGCAGCGCAUUAGUAGAACGCCCGGCCCACUGACGCUUUAUCGGGAAGAAAGUAUUCCUAAGACUGGAUUAACAGAGGAAGCUAUAGAUAGAAUUCUCACUAGAAAUCUGAAAGACUACAAGGGAAAGCCCCAAACUGCUCGAACGGGGCCGACAGACAUUACGAAAAUCCCGACUUCUAUUCUCACCCAAGAGUAUAUCAACAUUGUGUUCGAGCGACUAAAACGAUCGGCAACUCCAAUUUCAUAAGGGGCAUAAAAGUACGAGGAGAUUCAUGACGAAGGCCAUCCAUAGGACAUUUAUUUAAUGACAUACCAAACCAUCCCUAUCUCAACACAGAAGCAAUGUGAUAGUGGUUAUACCCUCUAGAAAGGGAGAUAACUGACAAUAAUAUGGAUUGUCAUAUUAUGAUAAAAUCAGUUUACCCUUUACAAGUGGUAACAGGAGAAAUCAGGGGAGACAACUGUAACUUCCAACGUGCUGGCAAGGGAGAAAACUCUCUUAAUCAGACUAGGUAACCUUUGAUGGGUAACAGGAGAAAUUUGGAAAGGAAGAUGUUACUUCAUUGUGCUGACAAGGGAGAUAACCUAUUAAGUAGGAGACAUUUAAUACUUCCUAUUAUACUGCUCCAUAUUUCUCGUGAAGACAUUCUUGAGGAACAAAGGAAGAUCAUCAAUAUCUUACCUACAUGUAUGAGAUAUUCUAUAUUACGAAGAAGUAACUUGUAUUGAUACAGUUUUCUUUGAUA